UCGCGCUCAGCAGUCUAGCCCCUCCACAAGCGGCACAGAACUGCGGAUGAAGAAGUUGAGCGUUUCUUUUUCUUCUUCUUUUAACUACAUUCUUCUCGGAAGGGGAGGAGCCAGGACUUGCCACGCCCUUUCGACAGUCUUUUGAUUUUUUGGUUAAAAAGGCAGCUUUCUGCAAGUUUCUUAGUCCUCGUGCCAUUCGUCUCCCGCCCGCUCCGCUUUGGGGAAGUUAUAGCCCAAGUUAGAACAUUUCUCUUCCCAUCUGUAGAGGAAAAGCAAAAGGAAAACAUACUUAAAAAGAACACCUGUUUUGGAGGGGUGUUGCAAAGAGAAGGGGGGCAGAGAGAAGUAGCUUCUCAACUGCUAAACGUCAAAGCGAGAGGGCGAAGGAGGCGAGGAGCACGACUACUGGAGCAAGUGUUGUUGCGUCUGGUCCUCGUUCCACUGCCAGGCCGGCAUGCGAUGCACUGCAGCUGGGCAACUUCAGCCCGGAGAGACCAGAGGUCGGCAGCUUUGAAGGAGCUCGGGAAAAAUGCUUCUCUUUAAAAAGAAACGAAGACACACGCGCGCAGCAAAGUCGUCCCUGCGUUUCAUUAAUUCCGCCAACAGGAGUCACUGGAAAUAGGAAGAGAGAACGGAAGAAAGAACCUCCAGACAAGAAGAAUUACCUAUCGCCCCAGCAGCUGCAUGUCAGUUUUCUUCUUUCCCUCUCUCCGCCCCCCCUCCCGAUUGCACACACCCCGCCCUCCGUCCCUCCUCGCUUCCCCUUGUUCUUCCCGGAGUUGCAGCCAGAGACUCAUUAGCUGGAGGGAGGGCGAGAACUCUGUGCGCCUCUCUCUCCCUCUCUCAAGUUGGCCCCAGUUGGCAGGCGAUUGAGUUUGGGAAGCUGGAGAGUUCAGAAAGAGCUUGACGUCUCUCUCUUUUCCUGAGCAAACGUGACCCCGCCCCCCCCCGCUUGGAAGAAAUCGAGGCACAGCAGAAGGGGAAAACCCCGCGGAAGUUUUAUUUGGAUGUACGUGGCUGUUGGAUCGGUCCCUCCUCCAGCAUUUUUUCUGGCUGCCGCUUCUUAUCAUCAUUCUUUUUAGGUCGCCGUUUUGUGCCUGGGCGUGAAGUUCGGUUUUUGAUUUUUGCUCGGCAAGCUCCAGGAUCCAGGGAAACGAAAGCCAGCGAGAAAGAGUGGGGGGGGGGGGGAAACAAGAUCCCUGGCUGGCUGGCUUCUCUUCUCCUCCCCUCCCCUCCUCGCACCUUUUAUAUUUGCAAUUACUGCUCCCCGUUUGGGGAGGGCGGAUAUUUCUCUUCGUUCCAAUUGACUGUGUGUGUGCGUGCGCGCGCGCGCGUCUAGAAGAUCGCGAGCUUCCCGAGAAGCGCCGGCUGAGUUGACUUGGCUAGCCGGGCUCGCUGGCUCCAUCCCUUCCCGCUCCGAGGCCCUGGGAAGCGGUGGGCAUUCAAAAAAAAAAAAGCCGCUCCGGGGAAAGCCUCCUGGUCUCUUUCGAGGAUCCCCCGCCUGAUGCUGUCUGGGGUUGUUUUGGCGGUGCUGGUUUGGCUGCUGCUCUUCGCUGGUUUUGAAGCUUCUGCCUUGAAGAUGGAGACUAUCUGGGUUUUAUUCCUCUCUCUGGUCCCGGUCUACACCAGGGGACAAGGGGUCUAUGCUCCUGCUCAGGCCCAAAUCAUCCAUGCCGGGCAGGCAUGUGUUGUAAAAGAAGAUAACAUCAGUGAACGAGUGUACACUAUUCGGGAGGGUGAUACCCUUGUUCUGCAGUGUUUGAUUACGGGGCACCCACGGCCACAGGUGAGGUGGACCAAAACUGCUGGCAGCGCCUCGGACAAAUUCCAAGAGACAUCGGUGUUUAAUGAGACCCUUCGGAUUCAGAAGAUUCAGAGGCUGCAGGGGGGUCGCUAUUAUUGUAAAGCAGAGAAUGGGGUUGGGGUCCCAGCCAUCAAGUCCAUUCGAGUAGAUGUGCAGUAUUUGGAUGAGCCCAUCCUCACAGUUCACCAGACCAUCAGCGAUGUACGUGGCAGUUUCUAUCAGGAGAAAACAGUCUUCCUUCGGUGCACAGUCAACUCCAAUCCACCUGCUCGCUUCAUCUGGAGGCGGGGUUCUGAGACCCUUUCCCACAGCCAGGAUAACGGAGUGGAUAUCUAUGAACCGUUGUACACACAGGGAGAAACCAAAGUCCUGAAGCUGAAAAAUCUGCGACCCCAAGACUAUGCCAGUUACACGUGUCAGGUGUCCGUUAGAAAUGUUUGUGGCAUUCCUGACAAGUCAAUCACCUUCGAACUUACCAACACAACAGCUCCCCCAGCUCUAAAGUUGUCUGUCAAUGAGACCUUGGUGGUGAACCCAGGAGAUAAUGUCACCAUUCAGUGUUUGUUGACUGGUGGGGACCCUUUGCCCCAGGUGGUCUGGUCCCACACACCUGGGCCUAUGCCCCACAACAGCCUUAUCCAAGGGGGAAAUCUUACCAUCUGGAGCAUCCGUGCAGAAGAUUCAGGGUACUACAAUUGCACAGCCAUCAACAAUGUGGGGAAUCCAGCCAAGAAGACAGUGAACCUCUUGGUGCGAUCCAUGAAGAACAUUACAUUCCAGAUCACUCCUGAUGUGAUCAAAGAGAGUGAGACCAUCCAGCUAGGCCAGGACCUGAAGCUCUCAUGCCAUGUGGAUGCUGUCCCCCAAGAGAAAGUGUUCUACUUCUGGUACAAGAAUGGGAAGCAGGCCAAGCUCUCAGAUCGGCUAGUUGUCAUCAGGAAUGAUCCAGAACUUCCCCCAGUCACUAGCAGCCUGGAGAUAAUUGAUCUCCGCUUCACUGACUAUGGCACAUACCUUUGUAUAGCUUCCUUUCAAGGAGCACCCAUUCCUGAUCUCAGUGUUGAGGUGAACAUUUCUUCAGAAACAGUGCCUCCAUCUAUCACAGUGCCGAAGGGUCAGUCCACCAUCACUGUCCGUGAAGGAUCUAGGGCAGAGUUGCAGUGUGAAGUCCGAGGGAAGCCCAAGCCUCCCAUCAUUUGGUCCAGAGUAGAUAAGGAAGCUCCUAUGCCCUCGGGUGCCAUGACAGCAGAGACCAGUGAUGGGAAGCUGCAUUUGGAGAAAGUGAUUCGAGAAAUGAGUGGGACUUACAAAUGCCAAACAGCCAGGUACAAUGGCUUCAACAUUAGAUCCCGAGAAGCCCUGGUGCAGCUCAAUGUACAGUUCCCCCCAGUGGUGGAGCCAAUUUCCCAGGAUAUCCGGCAAGCCAUGGGACGGAGUGUCACCCUUCGCUGCACCAUGCUAAAAGGGAGCCCAAUGAAAGUGGCUACAGCUGUCUGGAGAUUCAAUGGGAGUCUGUUGACAUUGCCUCCAACAGAGCAGCAGGACUUCUCUGAAUAUAAGGUGGACAGUGUGAGCCGGGAGACUAGUGGCAACUAUGAAUGUAGCAUUUCCAAUGACAUUGGGGUAGCAGCCUGCCUUUUCCAGGUGUCUGCUAAAGCUUACAACCCAGAGUUUUACUAUGAUACCCCUAACCCUACCAGGAAACAUUCCGAGAACUACUCCUAUGUCUUGCAGUGGACCCAGAAGGAGCCCGAUGCUGUUGAUCCCAUCCUAAGUUACCGGCUAGAUGUCCGUCAGCUGAAUCACAGGGAUUUGCCCCCCAAAUCAAUUUCUGUGCGUAAGAUGGAAAAGGGUAUGCUACAAGAACACCUCCUGACUGACCUGAAGGUGCCUCAGAGCUAUGAAAUUCGCCUCACGCCUAUAACCCGCUUUGGGACAGGGGACAUGGCUACCCGCAUCAUCCACUAUAUAGAACCAAUCAGCUACCCCAAUCCAGUAGGUAACACUUGCCACUUUGAGGAUGAGAAGAUCUGUGGUUAUACACAAGACACGACUGACAACUUUGACUGGAUUCGUCAGAGCAGUCUAACCCAUGAUCCCAAGCGCUCUGCCAACACAGGCCCAACCAUGGAUUUCAGUGGGACACCAGAAGGCUACUACAUGUUCAUUGAAGCCUCUGCACCUCGGGUGAAGGAUGACAAGGCCAGGUUGAUCAGCCCAAUGUACAACAUGACAGCCCGAUUCUGUGUCUCCUUCUAUUAUCACAUGUAUGGGAAGCACAUUGGCUCCUUAAACCUCUUGGUUCACGUGAAGAAUAAACAGCCCACUCAAGCCUUGUCACUCAAAGGGGACAAAGGAAAUGCCUGGCAACAAGCACAUGUACCUAUCAACCCUGCAGGACCUUUCCAGAUCAUCUUUGAAGGCGUCCGUGGCACAGGCUCAGAGGGAGAUAUUGCCAUUGAUGACAUCACUCUAAAAAAGGGAGACUGUCCAAGGAAGCCAAUUGUCCCAAAUAAAGCGGUUGCCCUUCCAGAAAAUGGUACCAUCAGCCAACACAAACCGUUCCUCUGUGGACCGUUACUUUUCUUCCUUUUUGUCCUGCUCAGAUGAUAGCAAGCGAGUGCUCCCAUCUUCUGACUAAGACAUUCCUCCUCCUUUCCAACUUGGUCACCUCUGCUCCUCUUCUUCCCCCCUCCUCACUGGCACACCAAAGUGUCCCUAUGUUACCAAAGACUAACAAGCAUGACGACGUAACAGGGAUCCAGCUCAGAACGUGAAGGAUUCCUGGAGGAAGUCAUAAUAUCUCAAAACAAAACAGAUAUUAAUUUUAAAAGAAAAAAAACAUAAGAGAAAGAGGGAGGAAGCAAUGGAAAGAAGAGAUGCAAAUAAUGGAACAAAAGGCAAAGAUGUGAACGAAAAAGCUUUUGAAAAGGAUGAAUGAAAGGGGGGAAAGCCACAUUUCCUUGGUAAUAGUGGACAGGACUUCCUCAGGGAAGUGGAAACUUUUGUUUUAAACAAAAACAAAAUAUAUUAAAGCACAAAUUUGUACCAGAACUGUUACCUUCUUUACCAUAGAGCGUCAGUUUAAGAGACAUUCUAGCACAGUGCUCCCCUUCUGGAUCUCUGUGUUGUGACCUUUCCCUGGCUGGCUCUGCCUACCAUCUGUCAGCUGCAGCACCGCCUCACCCUUCCAAAACAGCAUCCCACUUGUCUCCAUUGGGGGCCACACCCUCCCCAUGUGCCGGUGACCAUGGAAUCUUGCCCCCGCCGCAUGUGCUACAGAGUCUCCAUACGCAUUUUCAAGACUGUCACGUAUUUACUUGUCCAUGUGCAACUUGCUUUGGCCCAUCCUUCACACCUAUGUGCCCCCAAAUUCAGCUCAGCAAAGCAGAGGAACAGACCUGUUGUGGAUGGUGGAGAUGGAUGGAAAAAUCUGGGGCAGACAUAAGCUGCAGGAUCAGCUGUUGACAUCUUCUGACCCCUACUUUUUUCCCCUUCUCAAGCUGCUCAGUUUUCUCCCUUUGUACUUGUUCUUUUCACCACCAUGGAAGAGAUUGUCAAUCUAGCUUAGGGACUAAAAAAACAGAACAUUUGGUUGGGGACCAAGGCAAGGUGGCUGAAUGGUGACAUUGCAGUCAGUCAAUGUCAAAAGCAUGAGCUACAGAAACCUUAAAGCAAGGAUCUCCUCUCAGCUUUUUAAAAAAAUAUCUCCCAUUCACUUUUUUGUAACUCUGCUCCCUCACACACACACACGCACGCACACGCACGCACACACAAAAUUUAAACUCCAAGGAGAAUCAUAAAGUACCUUUUAUCUUCUCCUAAGCCCUCCCCAGGUGACCCUUAUGACAUCUGAAUUUGCAAUAGUUGCUUGUUAAUUGAGGUACCUAUCCUUGGAUCAUUACUAAUUGCAGGGUGCCAAUAACAUGGUGCUUGAUUUACUACUCAGUGAUAAGACAGCUAUAUUUCAGUUUCAUGAUGAAGUGGGAAGACAGGUGGAGGCUUCAAGCUCGGUGAUAAUCAGAAGAAGGAGGAAAUUAAACAGGCCAACCCCAUGGGAACUGGGACGGGCAGACUGCUUGGUUUGGGGGGGGCAGAUUUCCAAGGGAAUUGAAUUGCAGACAGAGAUAAAAACUUAAUAGUGUUUUUAGGGAUGCCAUGCUACCACUGUGAGAGAAUAAGUUAUCUCAGGAAAGUAAGCUUGUUGCUCCCAACUUGAGCUGGGCAACGUUGACCUUGAAAAAUCAUUAGAUCCAACUAUACAUUGUGAAGUCAGAAGGAAGUGGUCUUCUUAGUAUGAUGCUCUGGAUAAAUGUUGCUUCAUUGUCCAUAUUAUUUAUUAUUAUUAUUUAUUAAUUCAUUAAAUUUAUAUUCCACCCUUCCCCCGGGUAGGAGACCAGGGUGGCAAACAAAAAUAUUAAAACAUACUGAAACAUCAUAAAAACAGACAUUAAAAUAUAUUAAAACAAAACCUUUUUAAAAAGCUUUAAAAACAUCUUAACAAGCAAUUCCAACACAGAUGCAGACUGGGAUAAGGUCUCUACUUAAAAGGCUUGUUGAAAGAGGAAGGUGUUCAGUAGGUGCCAAAAAGAUAUGGCACCUGUCUAAUAUUUAAGAGGAGGGAAUUCCAAAGGGUAGGUGCCACUACACUAAAGGUUGACUUCCUCUGUUGUGCAGAAUGGACCUCCUGAUAAGAUCAUAGAAUCAGAGAAUAGUAGAGUUGGAAGGGGCCUAUAAGACCAUCAAGUCCAACCCCCUGAUGGUAUCUGCAGGAGGCCCUCACCUGCAGAGCGCAGUGAUCAACUGGCUAUAUAAGUUAUAUUUAGCCCUACUUUGAUAAGCAGCAUGUGGAAGGGAGAGCUUUUAGUGCAAGUGUCCACACUGCACCCAUUAAUUUGAGCAUGUGAAUUACAUUUGUAUUCAAGGAACAGCAUGGUGCUAGCUUAGGUGUACUCCCCCCCACCAUCCCUCCUCUUGGCCUUCUUCAGUGCCAUGUCAACAUCCAGGCUUUUACCAUGUAUAUAUAUGGAGAAGAGCUAAAGUAAUUUAGGAACUACUAACUAUUUUGUCUUCCCCAGUGUCUUGAGGCUUUAUUCUACACACAGAAGGAAAAGUGUUUAAAUUGGUUUUUGUAGGGCUGGAUUUGUAAGGAAGCUACAGAGUAGGAUCCCAACCAGUUCAAGUGCCUAGCUGUGACCAGAUUACCUUGAUGGUUCCCAGUGUUGUGAAUAUGCUGCUUCUGCUCCUUCCAAAACUCAUUGCCGUUCAAAGUAAUCAUUUAAACAGGAUGUGGGGGAGGAGGGGAAUAAACAUGUCCCAUAAGUAAGAAGAUUUAUAGCACAAAUCUACGCAUGUCUACCCAGUAGUAUGUACAUUUAGCUCAGUGGGGUUUACUCCCAGAUAAUCUAUGGGUAGAAACAUACUCCCUGUUCUUCCAGUUCCAAUGCUCCUCUCCACCUCUCUCUUCUAAAAAUGGGGCACGCGACACUAGUCAAGCCCAGCCCCUUUUUACUGUAAAACCUUGUGGGAUCAGCUUGAGUGCAUUUUUUAUUCACUUCAAAGAGAUUUCGCAACUGAUCAUCAGAUCAACCCAUUCCCCCUCCAGAUGUGGCCAAUGAAAAUGCUUUGCUGUAGGUGACUAGUAUGCUCGCAGCCUAAGUAUGGAUUCCAGCAUUAGGUGUUUGUUUGGUAGUCUGGGCAAUAGGAAGUAAACAAUAUUAUCACUGCUACAGAAAAUUUGGGGAGAGCAUUUGGGGUAGAUGGGAGUCAGACAUGCUCUGGUGGGUGUAUGGUGAUAUUUGUAUAGGGUUGCCUGUGUGGAUGAAUGCUGGCAGAGAAGACGGAUAUUUUAUGGUGGCCAAGAAAUUAAUUAAGCAAACCUCAUAUUGUUUAAUCUGGAUUGGAUUAUAUACUCUUCCUCCCAAAUGUCCCAAGUGAGUUCUUUGUUUUCACAGCUCCACCAAAGUAAAAUUUAGAAUUGUUCACUGUCCACCACUUGCUUAUCUAGGGGCAGCUCUGAUAAAGAGUCCUGCCCCAGUUAUCUCUUACAAAAAGUAGGAUGCUAGAUUGUCAGGGGGGAGGAGCUAGAAAAGAUGACGGGGACUCAAAACUUAUCAGGCCUUCAUUAUUGGCAUUGAUUUCCCCCCUCUAUAAGAGUGGAGGCUGCAUCACCCUUCUGAUUUCACAGUAUCUCAGUAAAUAAUAGGACGCCCUCCUUGUAGUCAGGCACUUAGAUAUUCACCUCUCCCAGCUAUCAGUAGAGGAUAAAAGCAGAUCCCGGCAACCAGGACACACAUGCAAGCACAUAAUAGAUCACUGUGGUGUAGAGCCGUGGUUCCCAAACUUCCCCCCCCCAGCAAUUGUAAUGUCCUGCCUCU